AAACCAUCCAGUCUAUCACCUAUUUCAGUCAGCCAGGGUCGGUGUGAGUAGACGGGAGCACAACGAACAUUUGCCAACAUGGGACUUUCAAGUGAUGCCGCCUUCAAGAAACUCCAGGAAUGGUACAAGUCCAACGCUGGAAACCUCAAUAUGAGGCAAAUGUUCGAGGCUGACAAGGACAGGUUCAGCAAGUUCAGCCUGAACUUGCACACUGAUGAUGGAGAUGUCCUUCUGGAUUACUCCAAGAAUCUCAUCACUGAGGAUGUCAUGCACAUGCUUGUGGACCUGGCCAAGUCCAGGGGCGUGGAGGCGGCCAGAGAUAAGAUGUUCAGCGGCGAGAAGAUCAACUUCACUGAGAACCGUGCCGUGCUCCACGUUGCCCUGAGGAACCGCUCCAACACGCCCAUCCAGGUGGGCGGCAGUGACGUCAUGCCCGAGGUCAACAAGGUGCUGGAGAAGAUGAAGGGCUUCUGCCACAAAGUGCGCAGUGGCGAUUGGAAGGGCUACACAGGGAAGUCCAUCACUGACGUGGUCAACGUCGGCAUCGGUGGAUCUGAUCUGGGUCCACUGAUGGUGACAGAAGCCCUGAAGCCCUACUCCAAAGGAGGACCUAAGGUGUGGUUCGUCUCCAACAUCGAUGGCACCCACAUUGCAAAGACCCUGGCUGAGCUCAACGCAGAAACCACCCUGUUCAUCGUCGCAUCCAAGACAUUCACGACCCAAGAGACCAUCACCAAUGCCGAGUCUGCCAAGGACUGGUUCCUCCAGCAUGCAAAGGACCCUGCUCAUGUGGCCAAACACUUUGUCGCCCUAUCCACCAAUGCGCCCAAAGUUAAGGACUUCGGUAUCGACACCAACAACAUGUUCGAGUUCUGGGACUGGGUUGGUGGACGUUAUUCUCUGUGGUCGGCCAUUGGCCUGUCCAUCGCCCUGCACAUAGGCUAUGACAACUUUGAGAAGCUGCUGUCUGGUGCUCACUGGAUGGAUAAUCACUUCAAGACGGCCCCUCUUGAGAAGAAUGCCCCAGUCCUGCUGGCUCUGCUGGGAAUCUGGUACAUCAACUUCUUCCAGGCAGAGACGCACGCCAUGCUGCCCUAUGACCAGUACAUGCACCGCUUCGCAGCCUACUUCCAGCAGGGUGAUAUGGAGUCGAAUGGCAAGUUCGUCACAAAGCACGGCGCCAAGACAGACUACCACACCGGCCCCAUCGUCUGGGGAGAGCCAGGCACCAAUGGCCAGCACGCUUUCUACCAGCUCAUUCACCAAGGCACACGCAUGAUUCCCUGUGACUUCCUCAUUCCCGCCCAGACCCAGCACCCAGUCAGAGACAACAUGCACCACAAGAUCCUGAUGGCCAACUUCCUGGCCCAGACUGAAGCCCUGAUGAAGGGCAAGACCACGGAGGAGGCCAAGAAGGACCUGGAGGGCGCAGGGAAGAGCGGAGAGGAGCUGGACAAGCUGCUGCCACACAAAGUAUUCCUCGGCAACAAGCCGACCAACUCCAUCAUGUUCAAGAAGCUGACGCCGUUUACCCUGGGAGCACUCAUUGCCAUGUACGAGCACAAGAUCUUUGUGCAGGGAGUCAUGUGGGACAUCAACAGCUUUGACCAGUGGGGAGUGGAGCUGGGGAAGGCCCUGGCCAAGGCUAUCGAGCCCGAGCUGAAAUCUGCUGGCGACGUCACCUCCCACGAUUCCUCAACCAACGGCCUCAUCAACUUCUUCAAGAAGAACAUGGCCUAAACACGCGCAGCUACACACACACACACAUACACACACACACACACACACAUGCACACCCUAUCCUGUCACCCAUCACAACUAACCCCCAGUCCUAGUGUCCCCCUGCCCCAUCUCCCCCUGCCCUGCUCUGCCCCUCCUCACCACAGACAACCCCCAGGAUGGGAGCCAAUCACGAGCCCCCUCUCUGAGUCGAGCUGAGGGCCUUGGCUCCCUCAACCGUCAAUCAUGUCUCUCGCACCGGAGUAGAGGAGGAGGAGCUUACGGUUAUCUGUCCCCACCCCUAAUUUCUGUGUAAUCUUUAUUACAUCUCUCUCUCUGUCCAUCUCUGUGUAAAAAAAAUAAGAAAUUUGACUUACCUUGAUGUUUCUGAAGCUAAUCUAUAGCACCUAGGGCUCGGCUGUACUGUACUGCACUGUUUUCAAAGUCACCUGUUGUUUAGACUCCGCAAGAGGAGCAAAAGUGGAAUGACAGGUUACUGCCAUGGUGAGCUGCCCCUUGUACUUUGAUGGCUUGAAAAAUAAAUAUUGUCACAGUCACUUUA